AGUUUUUUUCUUUUAACAUAACGUUGUGUCGCGUGCAAGCUGCGUAGUUCUUCACACGAAGAGGUACCACUUUGCAUCUUUUUUUUUUCGGAUUCGCAAAAAGUGGUGCUCACAACAACAGUUUGUGUGUCGCAUCAUCAACUAGAGUUGCUAGAUUCAUCCGUUCUGGAAGAACAUACUCAUCGCUUUUCUGACGAGCACAAUGGGGAAAAACGACAAGGACGAGGCGCCCGUCGACAAGCGCGUGAUGUGGCUGGAGCAGCGCAUCACAAACGCGAUCAAGUUGAAGCCCGUUGAGUCGAAGAAGCUCGUCGAAAACGAAGAGAACCGAGCACAGAUGAGCGAGUUUCUGGACACUGCCGACGCACGUCACCUCUAUGUAUAUCAAGCACCCAACGGUGCAUUCGUGACGCGCAUCGAGGCUCCAGACGAGCUCAAAAAGAAAGGUGUUUUCUUCAGUAAGAUGAAGCGCGAGAAGAUUACGGAUGAGAACCACAUGAAAGAAGCCAUCGCAUUUGGUGACGUGUCUCCAGAUACACUGGGCAGUCUGAGCGUUAUGACGCGCAACGUGUAUGCACCGAUCUUGAAGGCCGACAAGCGGAACACCAGCAGCGUCCCCGACGUCGCCGUCAACGAACUCAUGAGCGACACCAAUGGGCUUCUCUCGCAGCUCCUUGUGACGCUGGGUCUCAGCCAGGGCAAGACGUUUCUGCCAAUGCCCCCCAUUCAUUUUCCACCGCGCAUCGACGACUUUGCGAUGGAUAAGGAAACGCUGUACCUUCUAGAAGGCACCGUCGUGUCGUGGACGGCGCAAAUCAAAGCCGCCAUCGCCUCGGCUCCUGAGGAGCUGGAAGAGAUGGUCCCCCAAACCGGCCGCUACCCGGGUCCGCUGGACGAGAUUCGCUUCUGGAAAGAAAAAUCGGAGAACCUGGCGGGGCUGGAGGAACAGCUCUAUUCCGUCAAGUCACUCAAGAUCCUCGUGCUACUGAAGCGCGCCAGCAGCAGCUACUACGCGCCGUUUUCGCAGUUAAUGGGCGAGUUGAAGGAGGCCGCCUACGAGUCCCGCGACAACUACCAGUACCUCAAGCCCCUCAUCCCUGAGUUCGAGCAGAUGUGCUUCUCCGGGGACCACCUGGCGUUCUCGGAGUUGGCGACAAGCGGACUCUUCAAGCGCCUUUUCCACUUUUUGUACCUCCUGUGGACGCAGUCGGGCUUCUACAACAACCCGGCGCGUCUCGUUUUUCUCAUCCGAGAGAUGGGCAACGACCUCAUUGAGAUGGCGGCCGAGCACAUCAGCGUCGCCGAGUUCGCUGAGGGAUUCGAGAAGAAGGAUGUGAUUGACCGCCUGAGCACGGCCCUGGCGAUCUGUGGCGAGUUCAAGGCGUCGUACUUUCAGUACAAGUCGCACGUGUCCUCCAUCGCGCGGCCGUGGAAGUUCCAAAACGCGGCCCUCUUCUCCCGGCUGGACGCGUUUCUCGAGCGCUGCCACGAUCUGCUCGACGUCGUUGAGACAGCGCUGCUCUUCGACAAGAUGGAAAAUAUGAGGAUCGGCGGCACCAAGGGCCAGAACUUGACAACGGAAGCGGAGGAGAUCAAGCGCACUUUCGAUGCGUCGGUGGCGCGCUUUUUCAGUGUCGACUACAACCUUCUCGACAUCACAAACACGCGGUUUGAAGCGGACUACGACGAUCUCAAGACGGUGAUUCGCGACCUGGAGGAGCGUCUCGGAUUCAUCCUUGCCACCACCAUUGAUGACUCGAGCGCCAUCACGGAGGUCUUCAAGGCUGUCGACACGUUCGACGGCUUCACGGAGCGCACGCCCAUGCAGCAGGAAUGGCUGAAGAAGCAGAGCGGCGUGCUGAACGACUUCCAUCAAGACUUGCUGACCGCACAAGAGACUUACUACUCUGGUGAAGCCUCUGGUGUCUACCCGAACAUGCCUCCGGUUGCCAGCACCAUCAUACGCUGCAAGGCUCUGUUGGAUCGCAUCAACGAAAGCCACAACCGUGUCGUGGACUUGUCUCAGACCGUCCUGCAGAGCGAGCGCGGUGUGGAGGCGUUGCAGCUCUACGAAAAGCUGAAAGAGCUUCUGCAGAACACCAUCACCGAAAAGUUCCAGAAAUGGACGUCCGAGGUGUCCGGCAUCCGCGCCGACAAGCUGCGGCUGCCGGUGCUCACGACCGACCGCAACAAGCACAUCGCCGUCAACUUCGACGCGUCCCUCGUCAAGACGCUGCGCGAGGUGUACUACAUCGAGGUGCUCAACUCCUACGACACGAGCGGGGUCGGCCAGUUUGAAGUUCCGCCGGAUGCGGAGGCGAUCUUCUCGAAGCGUAACGUGUACCGCGACCAGGCGCUGAAGCUCGAGUACGUGUGCACCACCUACAACAACCUCAGCUCCAGCCUCCGUCCCGACGACGAGCGGCCUCUCAUCGAGGACGAGCUACAGAAGUUCGAGGCGUAUGUGUCUCGCGGAGUGAAGGAUGUCCGGUGGGAGAACGAGGAAGCCACCGACGCCUUUAUCGCCGAGGCGUUGAAACAGGUGACGGACAUCGACACGGCGGUUUCGACGCUGCACAACAACGUGCAGAAGCUGAAGGACUCCAUGGAGCACUACAAAGAUGAAGACCAGCAAUUCCCGCUCGACGCCGCCAAGGGCGCCAAGACGAUGUCGGAGGUGGAGCUCCGCAAGACGCUCGGCGACUACCUCGAGUCUCGCGCCAACGGACUGAAGGAGCGCAACACGGAAAUUCACUCCUUGACGGAGAACAGCUUCGCGGCGCUGCGGACGUUGAAGGAGGCGAACGGCGACGCGAGUGUCAGCGCGAGCGAUCCGGCGUGGCAGAAAUACCUCUCCUACGUCAGCUCUGUCGUGCGGGACUGCCUCGCGGAGGCGACGAUGGCGUUCUUGACGAACCUGCGCAACCAGCUGGACCCCGUCUGGCUCGCUGACAACGACGGCAUCCCACUGGUCGACGUGAAGCUGUGCCUCUCCAAGGUGACGACGGAGCAUCCGGUGUGCACGUCUCGCUUUGAUCCGGCGCUGAUGACAGAGGAAAAGGAGGAGAAGUCGGUGUGGCAGACCCUCAGCGAUACCAUCAACGGCGUCAUCGGCUCAUCGGGCUUGAUCGACCCCGUCCACGGCACCGCACCGUACACGGAGGGGCUGCAGCAGAACGAAGGCGUGCAGAACCUCGUGGAGGAGAUUCACCAUCUCUUUCAGCAAAACGUCACCGCGUGCGAGGAGUACCUUCACGUGUACGACGAGUUCAAAUCACUGUGGGAAACGGACCGCAAGAAGGUGUUUGCGCAGUUUAUCGACAGGGAGCGCCGCAGGGAUUCGCGCAUCAGCAUGACCAUGGAUGACGCCGCCGCCACCGCCGUGGCAAACGCGCAAAAGCCAACAGAGUACUUUGGGGUCAGUCUGCAGGAAUUCGAUCGCGCCAUCACAGAGUACACGCGCAUUCGAACGCGUCUCUCCUCGAUCGAAGAUCGGCACCGCGAGGGUGCUGUGCUGGUGGAUGUGAAGCCGCUGCGUGUCACUCUGCGCGACCUCAGUCGGCGGUGGAAAGAGAUUUAUUCCGACUACCUUCUCGACAAGAUCAAGACCGACCUGAACCACCUGUACACCUUCAUGAAGGAUGCGGACAAAGGCCUGGAGGUGGAGGUGCUCGAUGGCGACGUUGACGCGCUCAAGUCCGUCAUGCGCUGGAUCCGUGACUGCCGCAAGCGCAACACCGAGGUCAUGGGAGACGACGAGACGGGCGAAACCGGCGGCAUGUUUCCGCCCAUCAAGGCAGCCAUCAGCAUGUUGAAAACGCACGCAAGCACGUCACCGGACGCAGAAACGGAGCUGGCGAAGAUCGAGAAACUGGAGGAGUUGCGCAAGCCCGCCCCGGAGCAGUGGGUCGCACUGAACAAGAAGGCACUGAACGCGCGCGCGCAGAACUCGAUCGUGCAGGACCGCGAGGCAGAGAAGGUGAAGGAGGAUGUCGCCACCUUUGAACAUGAGCUCGACGCGGAAGUUGAGGCGUUCCACAAGAACCCGCUCUUUUCCUACGCGAUUCAACCAGACGAGGUGUACGACACCAUUGACACCGUCUACCGGCACUUCAUGAACGUGGAGAAGAAGGCGAAGGAGCUGCAGAACCUGCAGGACCUCUUCGACCUCGCCGUUUCGCACUUCAAGAGCAUCCGCGAGUGCCGCCAGGAGCUGGCGCUGCUGCGCCAAAUCUGGGAUUUGAACUUUCACGUCACGUCUCAGUUUCAUGACUGGAUGCGAUCGACUUUCAAGGAUGCCGACGUUGCACAUUUUGAGGACGAGGCCAAGAAGAUGGCGAAGCAGCUUCAGCUGCAGCCGAUGAAGGUGAAGGGCUGGGGUGUCUUCAAAGGCGUGGACGAGACCGUGCGUAACAUGCGCACGUCACUCCCACUCUGCGACUCGCUAAGCUCGCCGGCGAUGCGCCAGCGUCAUUGGGAUGAGCUGGUGCGGGCGACGAAUCAGCCCGGCACCAUCAACCCGAGCGCCGCAGACUUCACCCUGGAGAAGCUGUUCGCGCUGGGACUCCACAACUACGCAGAGGAGGUCGCGAACAUUGUCGAGAAGGCCGAAAAGGAACUGCGCAUUGAGACGAACCUGCGCAAGAUCAUCGAGGCGUGGGAGAAGCUGCGCUUCACCUACGACAAGGACGCACAUCUGGACUGCUACCUGCUGGGGCCGGUGGACGACGUGGUGGAGCAGCUGGAGAAUGACAACAACGCACUCUCCUCCAUGCUGUCCGAUCGCUUUGUGGAUUACUUUUACGAGAAGGUGCUGGCGUGGCAGAAGGACCUUGGACUUGUCGACACGUGCACCACCAAAUGGAUGGACAUUCAACGUCAGUGGCAGAAUCUGUUCCCCAUUUUUGUGCUGUCCGAGGACAUCAAGGUGCAGCUGCCCGAAGAGGCGAAGCAGUUCAGCGAGGCCGACCGCGUCUUUCGUCUGCUCAUGAGCAAAGCGCACCCGUACACGAGCCCCGUCGAGGUCAUCUGCUCCAGCAAGCUUUCCGAGGACAUCGGCCGCGGCGAGACUUUAGAGGAAACACUCAACUACAUCCAGGAUAUUUUGAAUCGGUGCGAGAAGGCCCUGGCAGAUUACCUGGAGAUGAAGCGCAAGCUGUUCCCGCGCUUCUUCUUCGUCUCGGACACCGACCUCAUCGACAUCCUGUCCAAAGGCUCCGACCCGCGCGCGGUGAUGGAGCACAUGAGCAAGAUCAUGGACUCCGUGGACACGUUCUUCUUCGAUAACAACCACAACCCUAAUCCGGGAGAAAAGGACGUGUGGCAGAUGAUCUCGAUCCAAGGCGAGAAGGUCACACUGGCGGAGAGCUUCAACUGCGACGGCGCGGUCGAGGUGUGGAUGGAGGGACUGGUGCAGUGUGUGAGGCGGAGCAUGAAGCAGCACAUCCGUGACGCGAACGCCGGCUACAUCGAGAAGCCGCGAAACGAAUGGAUUUACCAGUACCCGUGUCAGGCGGUGAUUGUGGCAUCUCGCAUCUGGUUCACCACCGAGGUGCAUCAGGCGUUUACGCAAAUUGAGGAGGGCAACGACAUGGGCAUGAAGGACCUGCUGAAGAGCCAAAAGUCGCAGCUGGACAGCCUCAUCAAGGAGGUACUGCUCGACCGCUCCUCGACGGAUCGGAAGAUGCUCGUCCACCUGAUCACAAUCGACGUACACAACCGCGACAUCGUGCAGAACAUGGUGGACGAGCGCGUCGACUCUGUUGAGUCGUUCAGCUGGCAGUCGCAGCUGCGCUACUACUGGGACGAAGCCAAGGGGAGUGAGAUCCGCAUCGCGGAUGCGGACUUCAUCAACGCGUACGAGUACAUCGGCCUCUGCGGCUGCCUUGUUAUUACGAAGCUGACGGACCGCUGCUACAUUACGCUCACACAGGCGCUGCGGCUGAACCAGGGCGGUGCGCCUGCCGGGCCCGCCGGUACCGGCAAGACGGAAACGACGAAGGACUUGGCGCGCAACAUGGGCGUUGCCUGCUACGUCUUCAACUGCUCUGAUCAGAUGAACUACAUUACGCUGGGGCAGAUCUUCAAGGGACUCGCCAUGUCCGGCUCAUGGGGCUGCUUCGACGAGUUCAACCGCAUCUCCAUCGAGGUGCUCUCGGUCGUCGCGACGCAGGUGGGCUCCGUGCUUAACGCGCUGAAGGAGAACAAGUCGCGGUUCCGCUUCAUGGAUGAGGAGAUCUCCAUCAAGCGCUCCGUCGGUAUGUGGAUUACCAUGAACCCUGGCUACGCCGGUCGUACAGAGCUGCCGGAGAACAUCAAGUCGCUGUUCCGCCCGUGCGCCAUGUGUGUGCCCGAUCUCAAGAACAUUUGCGAAAUCAUGCUCGCCGCGGAGGGCUUUGGUGACGCGAAGGACCUCGCAUUGAAGUUUGUGACGCUCUACCGUCUCAACAAGGAGCUGCUCUCCCCACAAGACCAUUACGACUGGGGUCUGCGUGCGGUGAAGUCUGUGCUGUACAUCGCCGGCGCCCUCAAGCGUGGCGACCCCGACCUGCCGGAGCGAAAUGUGCUGAUGCGCGCUCUGCGCGACACGAACAUGGCGAAGCUGAGCAAGGAUGACGUGUACGUCUUUAUGGGGCUCAUCCGCUCCCUCUUUCCGAACCUGGACGUGCCCAAGAAGGACAAGCCGGAGCUGGUGGCGGCGUGCAAGGCGGUGUGCAAGGAGCAUGGCAACUUCCCCGGCGAGAACGACAUUUUCAUUCUCAAGUGCGUGCAGUACGAGGAGCUGUUGCACGUGCGCCACUCCGUGUUCAUCCUCGGCGCCGCCGGUGCCGGCAAGACGGAGUGCUGGCGCUGUCUGCAGGGCGCGCUGACGAAGCUGCAUCAAGAUGAGUGGAAGGCGAAGGCGGUCUCGUCCUGCCUGAACCCGAAGGCCAUUUCCUCCAACGAGCUGUACGGCUUCUUCACGCCGCAGAAGGAGUGGCGCGACGGCAUUCUCUCCACCAUUUUCCGUGACUACGCCGUCGAGUCCAAGAAGAAGAAGAACAUGAAGUGGAUCGUGCUGGACGGCAUCAUCGAUGCGGAGUGGAUCGAGUCCAUGAACACGGUGAUGGACGACAACAAGAUGCUCACCUUGGUUUCCAACGAACGCAUCCCCCUGACGGACUCGAUGCGCAUGAUUUUCGAGGUCUCACAUCUGCGCAACGCCUCACCCGCGACAGUGUCACGCGCCGGUGUCAUCUUCAUCAACGAGUCCGAUCUUGGAUGGGGUCCGUUUAAGGACAAGUGGAUCGCCUCACGCGAGAGGCGCGAGGGCCUCCUCCUCGACAACCUCUUCGACAAGUACGUGCCCGCGGUCUUCGACUUUUGGAAGCGCACCAUGCGGCCGAUCGUGGCGGUGAUGGACAUCAACGUUGUGCAGACCAUCUGCUUCUUGCUCGAUGGCAUUUUCAAAACGAUGGAGGCGGAUGAGCUGGCGAAGAACUCCAACACGUUGGACGUCUACGAGAAAUACUUCGUCUUUGCCGUUAUCUGGGCCUUUGGCGGACCGCUGCCGAGCUCGGACGGUCGCAUCGACAUGCGCCUGAACUUCUCCAACCAGUGGAAGAAGGAAUUCCCGAACAUGAAGAUUUCAGAGACGGCGUCCAUCUUUGACUUUUACAUCGAGAAGUCGAAGGACGAGGCCGGGGCAGUGACGUUCGACUGGAAGCCGUGGACGGACCUCGUGAACCCCUACACCCCCGAUCCGGACGUCCAGCUCUCCGCCGUGUCCGUGCAGACCGCCGACACGGUGCGCAUGUCCUACCUCAUGAGUCUCUUCGUCGACAACGCACGCGGCGUCAUGUUGGUGGGCACUGCGGGUACUGGCAAGACGAACCUCAUCAUGUCGAAGCUGCGCUCCUUCGAUGGCGAGAAGAUGCUCUUUCGCGUGGUGUCCUUCAACGCGCGCACCUCCUCGAGCGGCCUGCAGGCGGUCAUGGAGCAGUCGCUCGAGAAGCGCUCCGGCCGUACCUACGGGCCGCCGAACCGCAAAAAGCUGGUGUUCUUCCUGGACGACAUGAACAUGCCCGCGCCGGACAAGUACGGCACGCAGGAGGCCAUCGCACUGCUGCAGCAGCACGUCGGGUACGGCUUCUGGUACGACCGAGUGAAGAUUAUUCAGAAGGAAGUUGUGGAUGUGCGCUACGUGGGCGCGAUGAACCCCAAGUCCGGCACCUUCACCGUCCUCGAUCGCCUGCUGCGCCACUUCGCCGUCUUCUCCACAAACAUGCCGGAGCGCGGCGACUUGGUGAGCAUCUACGGCCAAAUCCUGAAGGCGCACAUGACGCCCUUCUCCCGUGACAUUCGCGAGACGCUGACGACCCUCCUCACCAACGCCACGAUCGAGCUUCACGCCAACGUGGCGAAGCUCUUCUUCCCGACUGCCAUCAAGUUUCACUACCAGUGGAACAUGCGCGAGAUGUUCAACAUUUUCCAGGGCCUCUGCAAGUCGAACCCGAAGCUGCACAACAGCAGUUUGAAGCUUGUCCGGCUGUGGGUGCACGAGUGCAACCGCACCUUCCGCGAUCGGAUGGGCGACGAGGCCGACAUGAAGCGCUACGAUGUCCUUCUGCAGGAGGUGAUCGGCCGCGCCGGAUUCGCCGAUGUCAGUGCGAAGGACGUGCUGGAGGAGCCGCUGCUGUGGGCACCCUUCCACACCACCCCCGGUGGGGAGGAGAACGUGUACAACGAGACGAAUUACGACGAGGCCGGUGACUUCCUGCGCCGCAAGCUGACCGACUACAACGAUAACUACGCUGCGAUGAACCUCGUGCUGUUCAACCAGGCUAUCGAGCACGUCUGCCGCAUCUCACGCAUCACGUCCAACCCACGCGGUAACGCCUUCUUGGUUGGCGUAGGUGGCUCCGGCAAACAGUCCUUAGCGCGCUUAGCGUCGUACCUCAACGGGCACGACAUCUUCCAAAUCCUCGUAACGAGCACCUACGACAUCAACGACUUCCGCGCGGAUAUGCAGGAGCUGUACCGCAAGUGCGGCCUGCGCGGGUACCCCUUUGCGUUCAUCAUCACCGACACGCAGAUUGUGUCGAUGGACAUGCUGGUUUACCUCAACGACAUGCUGAGCAGCGGCAAUGUGCCGGAGCUGUUCAACCAAGACGAGCGCGACGGCAUUGUCGGCUCCAUCACGAACGAGGUGAAGGCCGCGGGCGUCAGCGACUACACGAACCCAGACGUGUGCUGGGACUACUUCAUCAACAAAGUGCGUUCAAAUUUGCACAUUCUCCUCUGCUUCUCGCCGGUUGGCAAGAACUUCGCGUCGUGGUGUCGGCAGUUCCCUGCGUUGGCGAAUACGACGGUCAUUGACUGGUUCCUCAGUUGGCCGGAGCAGGCGUUGAGGUCGGUAGCGCAGCGCUUCCUGUCGGAGAUCGAGCUGGGUGGGGAGGAGAUGACGCGGAGCAUUGCCGACUUCAUGGCGUACUGCCAAGUGCGGGUGACGGAGUCGUGCGAGGAGUACUACACCCAAGAGAAGCGCUACGCCUACACGACCCCGAAGACAUUCCUCGAGCUGAUUGCCUUCUACAAGGAUCUGCUGGCGCGGAAGCGGAAGGAGAACAGUGACCAGACGGAGCGACUUGUCAGCGGUAUUGACAAGAUCAAGGAGGCCGGCGUGCAGGUGCAGGCACUGCAGGAGGUCUUGCAGCGCGAAAGCAUCGAGGUCGAGGAGGCGCGCCAGAAGACCGCAGCGCUGAUGGAGACCGUCGGCCGCGAAAAGUCCAUUGUUGAGGAGCAGAGCGCGAUUGCCGCGAAGGAGGAGGAGAAGACGAACAAGAUCGUGGACGAGGUGUCUUCGUUUGAGAAGCAGUGCCAGGACGAUCUGGCGAAGGCCCAGCCUUUGGUGCAGGAGGCUCUCGCGGCUCUCGACACCCUCGACAAGGCAUCCAUUGCGGAGCUGAAGAAUUUGGGUAAGCCGCCGGAGGAUGUGCAGAUGGUCGCUAUCUGCGUCUUUGUGCUCACUUCAAACCCGCGCUCCAUUCCGUCGAUGAAGCAGCGCACGUGGAAUGAGUGCAAGAAGAUGAUGAACCAGGUGGACCGCUUCUUGGCCGAGCUGCGCGGCUUUGACGUGAACAACAUCCCGCAGGCCUGCAUCGACCAAAUUCAGAUCUACAUCAACAACCCGUCUUUCAACCCUGACAUCAUCAAGACCAAGUCGUACGCCGCGGCGGGUCUGUGCAAGUGGGCCAUCGGCAUGAACCGCUACCACUACGUGCGGUGCGAUGUGCGACCCAAGGAGGAGCGCCUGGCCGAGGCUCAGCAGCGUCUGACGUCGAGCCGUGCUGCUCUGAAGAAGAUUCAGGACAAGGUCGCCGACCUGAAGAGCAAGCUGGACACGCUGGUGAGUCAGUACGACCAGGCCGUCGCGGAGGCAAACGCCAUCGAGGCCAAGGCGAAGAAGACGAAGCUGAAGAUGAACCUGGCGCAGCGCCUUGUCAGCGGGCUGUCAGACGAGAGCGUGCGCUGGGGCGACACGAUUGAGAAGCUGAAGGAAGCCGCCAACCUGCUGAUCGGCGACGUGCUGCUGAGCGCGUCGUUUGUGUCAUACAUCGGCCCUUUCUCGAAGGCAUUCCGCGAGCAGAUUGUGGAGCAGGACUGGAUCCCGUACAUCCGGAAACUUGGCAUCCCCAUGACGGAGGGCAUCGAUGCGACCAUGGACGUCCUCACCUCGGAGGCCGCGGUAGCGUCGUGGAACAACGAAGGCCUGCCAUCGGAUCGUGUAUCGACGGAGAAUGGCGCCAUUCUGACCAACUGCAUGCGCUGGCCGUUGCUGAUUGACCCGCAGCUGCAGGGCAUCAAGUGGAUCCGCACGCGCGAGGAGAAGAACGGUCUGCGCGCGGUGCAGACCUCGCAGAAGGGCUGGCAACGCACGCUGCAGACCUGUAUCGAGGAGGGACUUCCCUGCCUGAUCGAGGGUCUGGGCGAGUUUGUGGAGCCAGUGCUGGACGGCGUGCUGAGCCGCCAGACGUUCCGCAAGGGCGGCCGCCAGUUCAUCAAGCUCGGCGCGACGGAGGUAGAGUACAACCCGAAGUUCCGUCUCAUUCUGCAGACCAAACUCGGAAACCCGCACUACGGACCGGAGGUCAACGCGCAGACGACGCUCAUCAACUUUAUGGUGACCGAGACCGGCCUGGAGGAUCAGCUGCUGGCGGUGGUGGUGAGCCAGGAGCGGCCUGACCUGGAAAAGAAGCGUGGUAUGCUGAUUCGGCAGAUGAACACGAUGACCAUCGAACUGCAGGAGUGCGAGGAUGGCCUGCUGUUUGAGCUCACCAACGCGACAGGCGACAUCUUGGAAAACGUGACCCUCGUGGAGAACUUGGAGGCGACCAAGUUAAAAGCGAAGGAGAUUAACGCCUCGUUUGCGCUAGCUAGCGCCACGCAGAAGGACAUUGCGCAGAACCGACUGCGCUACACCGAGGUGGCGGUCCGCGGCUCUCUUCUGUUUUUCCAGAUCGACCAACUGUGGAAGAUCGACCACAUGUACCAAUACUCACUGGAAGCUUUCAUGGUGGUCUUCAACAAGGCCCUCGCCAGCGCGCCGCAGCCGGAGAACAAGAAGGACGUCACGAAGCGGGUGACAAACGUGAUUCAGUCCAUCACGGAGAACGUGUUCGCGUACGUGUCACGCGGCCUCUUCGAGCGCCACAAGCUCAUCUUCUCGAGUCUUCUGACCUUCUCCAUUCUCACCCGUCGCGGCGACAUCGAUGUGAAGCAGCUCGACUUCUUGUUGCGCGGCAAGAAGAAGACGGGCGUCGAGCGGCCGGAGACGGUGACGGGGUGGUGCACGCAGCCGAACUGGGACGCCGUGCAGGCGCUUGCCGAGGUGGAGGGCUCGACGCCGGAGUUCAACACGCUGCCGAGCGACAUGGCCGAGAACAACCGCUGGCUUCAGUACUGCGAACUGGAGAAGCCGGAGGUGGAGAAGAUGCCGGGCGAGUGGAAGAACCUGACGGACUUCCAGCGGCUGCUGGUGCUGCGCUGCCUGCGUCCGGAUCGUCUGACGGCGGCGCUGGAGAUGUACGUGGGCAACAUGAUUGGCCGCUUCUUUGUGUCCGACCAAGCCGUGGACAUUUCGGUGUCCUACCAGAACUCGAGCACCACCACCCCGCUCUUCUUCAUCCUGUCUCCUGGCGUGGACCCGGUCAAGGCGGUCGAGGAGCUCGGCCGCAAGCUGGGCUUCACCUACGACAAAGAGAACUUCUACAACGUGUCGCUAGGGCAGGGCCAGGAGGUGGUGGCCGAUCGCGCACUCGACAAGUGCUUCGCCGAGGGUGGCUGGGCGCUGCUGUCGAACAUCCACCUGGUGGAGAAGUGGUUGCGCACGCUGGAGCGGCGCCUCGACACGUACGCCGAGACGUACACGCGGGUGGCGCAGCUGCGGAAGGAGAUCGCGGAGCGCAAGGCGAGCGAGCGCGCGGCGGCGGCCGGGGCAGCGGCGCACCCGCACGACGACGAAAAUGGCGGGUCCGAGGGCGACGGAGCAGCGGAAGAGGCGAAGUCGGUGCCCUCGCAGGACGAGGCGGAGGGCGGCGAGACGGACGAGGAGGCGAUGGAGGAGAGCGGCGAGGGUGCCGAGGCGGCCAACGCGAUUGUCGUGACGGACGACGAGAUCCCGUUUGAGGGCGUGAUGGGCCACCCAGACUUCCGCGUCUUUCUCAGCGCUGAGCCGUCCGACGUGAUCCCGAUUGGUGUUCUCCAGCGCUCGGUGAAGCUGACGUCGGAGCCGCCGACGGGCAUUCGCCAGAACAUCGUCCGCGCCAUGAGCAACUUCAGCGACGAGCCGUGGGAUCGCAGCGCGAAGCCGACGGAGUACCGCUGCAUCAUGUUCUCCAUGUGCUUCUUCCACGCGGUCGUCGUGGAGCGCAAGAAGUUCGGCCCACUGGGCUGGAACCGUGCUUACCCGUUCAACGCCGGCGACCUCACGACGUGCAUGGAAGUGGCAGCGAACUACAUCGAAGACCGGCCGAAGGUUCCGUGGGAGGACCUGCGCUACGUCUUCGGCGAGAUCAUGUACGGCGGCCACAUCACCGACGACUGGGACCGCGUGCUGUGCAUGGCCUACCUGCAGAGCUUCAUCGUGCCGGAGUGCUGCGACGGGCUGCUGCUUGCGCCUGGCGUGACGGUACCGGCGCCUGCCAGCUACCACGAGUACGUGCAAUGGCUGACGACCUCCGACGACUUCCCCGCCGAGUCGCCGCUUCUCUACGGGCUGCACCCCAACGCUGAAAUCAACUACCGCACGACGCAGGCCGAGUUGCUUUUCCGCACCAUCAACGAGCUGCAGCCGAAGAAGCACAGCGGCGGUGACAUGCUCAGUCCGCAGGAGAUCGUGCAACAGAAGAUCGACGAGAUUCGUGAGCGCCUGCCCGAGCCGCACAACCUGCUGGACCUCGCCGAGCGUCUUGAGGAUGACCGCUCGCCGCAGCAGCACGUCUUCUACCAAGAGAGCGAGCGCAUGAACCUCCUCAUUGAGACGCUCCGCGUCUCGCUGGAGGAGCUGGACCUUGGCCUGAAGGGUGCCCUGUCGAUGAGCUCCAGCAUGCAGGAGCUGUUUGAUCAGAUCUUUCUGGACAAGAUGCCGGAGAAGUGGUCUCGCGUGUCGUUUAUGACGCAGCGCAUGCUUGGCUCGUGGGUGGAUAACUUUCUCGUGCGUAACGAGCAGUUGGUGAACUGGAACGCCGACCUGCAGACGCCGAAGGUCACGAAUAUCGCCCUCUUCUUCAACCCGAUGUCCUUCUUAACGGCCAUCAUGCAGACCACCUCCAUCAUCAACAGCUUCGAUCUGGAUCAGAUGGCACUGGUGGUGGAUGUGCUGAAGAAGUCGGCAGACCAGAUUGAGUCCAACGCACGCGAUGGGUGCUACGUGACGGGCCUCUCCAUGGAGGGCGCCCGCUGGGACGCGAGCGGCGGCUGCAUCGACGACAGCCGGCUGAAGGAGCUGUACCCGAAGAUGCCCAUCAUGCAGGUCCGCUCGCUCCCGCUGAGCAAGAUUGACCGCCGUGACCAGUACGAGUGCCCGGUGUACAAGACGCAGGAGCGCGGACCUGGCUUUGUGGUCGGCUUCUUCCUCAAGACCAAGCAGCCGCCGCGCAAGUGGGUGAUUGCAGGCGUAGGUCUGCUCUUGGACGUGGUCGAGUAA